AUGGACGACAAGACGCAGAAGCUGAACCUGAAGCGGGAAGUAGGGCUGGUUGGAGCCGUGUCCCUCAUUGGAGGGACAAUGAUUGGAUCUGGGAUCUUCAUGUCCCCUCAGACGGUGCUCCUCACCAUCGGCAGCCCUGGAGCCAGUAUGGUUGUGUGGGCGUGCUGUGGUUUAUUGGUGAUACUGGCGUCUUUCUGCUACGCUGAGCUGGGCACUGUCAUAAGAGAAUCCGGGGGGGAGUACAUCUACAUCCUCAGGACUUCGGGUCCAGUCGUCGCCUUCAUGUUAAUCUUCAGCUCUGUGUUAUUUGUGAGACCCGCUGGUGUUGCUGGCAUCUCGCUGAGUUUUGCUCAGUAUGUCGUGGCUCCUUUCUACUCGGACUGCCCCCCUCCGGUGCUGCUGGUGAAGUGCGUGGCUGCGGUUGCAAUUAUAGUGCUCGCCACGGUGAACUGCCUUAAUGUUCGCUUUUCAAUGUCAGUCCAAGUGUUUUUUAUGGUGGUCAAGGUUCUGGCACUGGCAGUCAUUAUAAUAGGAGGUUUGGUGAUGCUUAUCAGAGGGCACACUGAAAACUUUGAAGACUCCUUUGAGAACACAAAUCUGGCCAUAAAUCCAAUUGGUAUUGCUUUCUACCAGGGACUGUGGUCCUAUGAUGGCUGGAACAACCUGAAUUAUGUUACUGAAGAGUUAAAACGUCCAGAGGUAAGUCACAUAUAUGGGCUUUUAUUGUUAUUAUCUUUAACAGCGGAGGAAGUUCUAUACGGCCUGAUCAAUGUCUUUCGCUGUCCAUGGUCGAUGGACAAGGGCGGUACCCUGUGCACCGGCUACCUGUACCAUAGGAGGAGCUACCUGAGCCUUACUUUCACCUGA